UCAUUUUCGUGCAAGAUCUUUUUUUCCGAAGAGGCUUAACUGAAAGCUGAGAAACAUUAAAAAGACGCAAUCAUGAGUCUCUCUGCAAAGGACAAGGCCGCCGUGAAAGCCAUUUGGGGUAAGAUCUCAGGAAAGGCGGAUGAGAUCGGAGCAGAGGCCCUUGGCAGAAUGCUGGUUGUCUACCCUCAGACUAAGACCUACUUCUCCCACUGGGCUGAUGUGAGCCCUGGCUCUGCCCCAGUUAAGAAGCAUGGAAAGACCAUCAUGGGAGCUGUCGGUAAUGCAGUCGGCAUGAUGGAUGAUCUUAUCGGAGGUCUCGGUCCUCUCAGCGAGCUGCAUGCUUUCAAGCUCCGGGUGGAUCCCUCUAACUUCAAGAUCUUCGCUCACUGCCUCAUCGUUACCAUUGGCAUGCUGUUCCCAGCAGACUUCACCCCUGAUGUUCAGGUGUCUGUGGACAAGUUCCUCCAGAAUCUGAUCCUGGCUCUGGCUGAGAAGUACCGCUAAAUUGCAAUGAGUUGCGCACCAAUUAGUGCCCCGAGAUACUCUCUCUAAGCACAGAGUGUAAUAAAUAUUAAAUAAACAAAAACAGAAUCAUUGUGUCACUUUUCGUUUAUCCUUGAUGAAUGUAGGCUAUCAGAACACUUUUCAAUCAGUUAUCCAAAUUACGUCUCAAAAGGAGAUUCCAUUUUAAUGCAAUGCUGCACCACUGUGAAUGCAAACAAAAGUGAUCAGAUAAGUCUGUGUUUGAUCCACUCCGAGUAGUCAAACUGGCAUGUAAAUGUCUUGUUUGGAGUCUUGUUCUUUUCUACGUUUUUAAAUAAAUAACACAUAGCCUA